AUGAACGUUACCUCAGACAUUGUACCCGAGGUACAGCCGGGUGUGUUUAUUCAUAACUCAUAUACAAUUUUGAGUAAUUUCGAGUCUGCUAAUCUCGCUCGAGUGAAAUAUGUCAGCAAACAGAUUCCUGGCAUUGACGAAGAUUUGGAAUUUCAUUUUUGGACAAACCCAGACUGUGGUGGCACAGAGUUUGAAUGCAACUACAAGUCAUGGUUCUACUUUGCCUUAAAAGGAGGUACUCCUGGUAUGCAUGUAAGAUUAAAUAUAGUGAGUUCAAAUAAUCAAAGUAAAAUGUAUAGUCAAGGCAUGACUCCCGUAUUUAAAGUUGAUUUAGGAAAAUCAGAUAAAUCAAAUGAAAGAUUUUGUAAAGCAUCGUGGUCAAGAAUAAAAGAAAUACCAACUUAUCAGAUUAACAAUAAUCAAGAAUUUGUAUUGAGUUUUAGUCAUCGUUCUUUAAAAAAUACUGAAGCUACAACAUAUUAUGCUUUUACUUAUCCUUACACUUACUCUGAAUUAUGUAACAGUUUAAGUUUUUAUGAAAAUCAAUUUCCAUUAUCAUCAGAUUUAAGAGAAAACAAUGAGACAGACAUUUAUUUUUAUCGAGAAACUAUUGUAAAAUCCUUAGAAAAUCGGUCUGUGGAUUUAUUAACUAUUAGUUCCUUCAAAGGUAUAUCAGAAGAAAGAGAAUGCCGUUUAUUUGGAUUAUUUCCAGAGGAAAAACCUAGGUCAUAUGUUUUCAAAAAUAAAAAGGUUAUAAUUAUGAGUGCUAGAGUUCAUCCAGGUGAAACACCUUCUAGUUUUGUGAUGAAUGGUUUGAUAAAAUAUUUAGUUAGUAAAGAUGAACAAGCUAAUAUACUACGCCAAAAUUAUGUUUUUAAACUAAUUCCUAUGCUAAAUCCAGAUGGAGUAGCUAGAGGAUUUUAUCGUACAGAUACUAGAGGUUGUAAUCUCAACAGAUUUUAUCUAAAACCAUCUUUGAAACUUCAUCCAUCUAUUUAUGCAGCCAGAUCAUUGAUCUUGUAUCAUCACUUUGGAUAUGAAUUACGAGAUGAAUUAAUUGAAGAAAAUUCUACAUCAAUUUUUUGUAGUUCAUCGGAUAAUAAUGCUGAAUUAAAUACUAAAAUGAAACCAACAAUUUUAAACAAUGAUGUAGAUUCAUUAAAUGUCUUAUUAAAGAAGAGUCAAUCAUGUACAGCUGAUUGUUUUACAAACAAAGGCCUUGACUCAGGAUUAUAUUUAUAUGUUGAUUUUCAUGGCCAUGCAUCCAAAAAAGGGAUAUUUAUGUAUGGAAAUAAUUUUGACAACAUAGUUGAUAACAUUGAAUGUAUGGUUUAUCCCACACUUAUGACUAUAAACAAUCAAAACUUUCAUUACACUUCUUGUAAUUUCAGCAAACGUAAUAUGUAUUCUAAGGAUAAGAAAUUUGGUCUAAGUAAAGAAGGAAGUGGUCGAGUAGCUGUUCUUAAAUAUACAGGUCUUAUACGUAGUUACACAUUAGAAUGUAACUACAAUACUGGCAGAUUUGUUAACUACAUUCCUCCUAAAGUACAUUUUGUUUCUGAAAAAAGACCUAUUCAAAGUGUUAUUCCUCCUAAAUUUACACCAACCGUUUUUGAACAGGUUGGAAAAUCAUUGGCAAUUUCAAUUUUGGAUUUAUCAAAUUUAAAUCCUAACAGUCGACUAGAUAGCAGUGAAUUUAAAUCAUUAGCAGGAUUAAGGGAGUUGUUACGUUCAAAUAUUGUUAAUGAUUGUAGUCGUAAUCGCCGAUUAGGAUCUAAAUCUACCAGCAGCAUAAAUGUUGAUACACCAAUUACAACAAAACAAAUAAAGAAAUCUUCAAUAUCAUAUGAUCUGAUGAAUCCGUCUACAUCCAAAUUAUUGCAACCCAUUAUGACUAUUGCUGUGGCACCAAAAAGCAAAUCAGUCUCACUCCGUAAAACUAUUAAAAAAAGUGGAAUAUUAAAAAAAAAUCAAAAAAAACGUAAAAUGACUCCAAGUAAACAAAAAGCAGUUGCAAAUACUUCAGAUAAUAUAAUAUUUUCUAUUCAUAAUUGUCCUUAGUAUAGAUCAUUAAGAUUAACAUAAUAUAAAUUAUUUCUUAAAAAAAAAUUAAGGCAGUUAAAAAUUUGUCGACGUUUUUUAGAUGCAUGACUAUGAAAAUCAACAUUUAAUAAGGCCUCUUAGUAAAAAGUCAGUUGAACAGUUCUUUUUUAUAAAUACAUUUAACAAAACUAAAUUAUUAUUUAAAAUUGUUGGUUUCUUUUUAGUUUAUUCGAUAUAUUAUAUAAAAAAAUAUUAUUACAACUUUACAAGCAAGUAUUUGAUUUUAGUAUUUAAUUUAUCAUAAUUUCUAGAUGCAUUAGAAAAGUUUAUGUCAAAUUUGUUGUGCCCAAUACAUUUACAUUGAUGUUUCAAUUAGAUCGCCUCACAAUUCAUAUCCAAUAUGAUGAUCUAAAAUCUAAUAUAAUGAUUUAAAGUUAUGGUAUUUAAAAAAUAAUUGAUGUUAUACCGUUGCAAAAUUUAAGUAAACUGUGGAAAAAAAAUAAAUAACCAAUUAAUUUACCUAGACCAACAUUAAUUAUAUGAUGUAAAUGGACUACUACCACUACUGCUACAUAAUACCGUACUCUUAAAAUAUUUAUUAAUAUUUUGUGUUUGUAUAAAUCAAUAUAAUUAUAUAUUAAGGACUUAAAUUUAAUUAGGUGCUAUACUGAUUUAUGAUCUAUUUAAGAUUAUUUAUAAUUUUUUUAAUUAUAUCUUAAAUAUCCUAAUGUUUUUUUCAUUCUUAAAAGUUUCCUGAA